GGCCAGGGGAGGCCGCCACCUGUCGCAUUGCAUGCCGCGGUCGGCAGGCCGAGCACCAGAGGUCGUCCCUGCCCGGGGUCGCUCGCUCUCUCGCGUGCGCGGUGGGCUCGUCUCGCCGCGCCGCGGCAGCUGCCCCGCCGGGGGCGCUCGAGGUCGAGCGCCGCCAGCGGCCCACACUCUGCCGAUGCGGAAGGAUCUUGCGAUCGAAAGGCCGCUGGUCCCUCAAGGUCGAGAGGUCAGCGCGGUGUCGGGAGGCAGCGCCGGGGCCAUCACGGCACCAGUCCGCCGUGGCCGCCCGUGCGUACUGUCGAAGUGGAUAUGGGAAGGACGGUGACGAAGACCGCGAGGGUCCUGUCCAUUUUGAGCCAGGCUCGCUGUCGGCCUCCCCGCGGACGCGGUCCACUCGCGACAGAAAGCCGCCCGCCCAACAGCGGCACAAUCGAAUUUGAGCAGCAUCUGCUGGUGGGCACUGUGCCUAUGCUUUCCGUACUCACUGCGGGCGCACGAAGCCCAGGGUUGCUGGGUUACCUGGGGGACCGCUGGCAGACGGACGCGGACGUGGAGGCCGCCCGCGCUGAGUUCUGGGCGCAGGGCGAGUUGGUGCUGCUGUGCGUGCUCUUGUUCGCGGGGGGUGUGGCGGUGGCGGUGGCGGGGCUGUGCGCGAGCACUGCCGCGGCCUGCGCCGUGUCGGUCUGCGUGAUGGCCGUGUUGCUCUUCGCGCACUCGGUGCUGCUGGCGCCCAACAUAGCCGCGCUCUGCGUCUUCCUCAUGGUGCAGGGGUCUCUGAGCUGGAGCAUCGGCUCAGUGGAGUACUAUUUCUACACGGACGACGCGGAGGUGUACCCAGAGGGACCGCAUUUCUCCACCGUCUUUUACAACUCGGUGCUCUCACCAGCGAGCUCGAUAGCGCAGCUAGGCUGCGUAUGGUUGUACGGCCGAUAUAUGAACGGCUGGUCCUAUCGGAACACGAUGGUCGUAGGCAAUGUCGCUGCCAUACUUACCAGACUGAUGCAAGCGGCGAUGUUUGCACGCCUGAACGUGGCUUUGGGUAUCUCCGACUACAUUCUCUUGCUGGUCGGGCACACCGAUGGCCGCGCCCGUUUUUUGCAGUGGUUGCCUUCGAUGGUGGUCGCAUCGCUCGUCUGCCCGAAGGGCAUGGAGACAACGGUGUUCGCGCUGCUCGCUGCGUGCAGGGGCUUCGGGGAGACCGUUGGAAGCGACUGCGGGGCGCUGCUGCUCGAGAUGCUCGGGGCGGACCCGGACGGCAGCGUCGGCGACGAGGACGCUUUUGAGAACGCCUGGAAGGCCUCUCUGAUCGUAUCCGUGCUGCCGCUGCUGACGCUGCCCUUCAUCUUCGCGCUCGUCCCCGACGCGUCGCCGUCAUCAGACCGCGGGCGGCUCGCGAGCGGCCAGGCUGUCGAGGGCUCCCUCGUGAGGCGGUGGUGGGGGCGCGGGGCGCGGCGGCAACUCGUCUAG